ACGGUUCCUGCCAGCAGCGCCAUGUUAGUAAAGAGGCGCAUUAAGACACGGGAACUCAGCAGGUAGAGCAACAGUAAACAUAUAUAAACAUCGCAGCACUGUUAAAGCAGUACGCAAAACACACUGACACUGAUACUGAAUGAUGAUUUUCACUGAACAGUAAAGGACGUAUCGUAUUCUACAGUAGACCACCUGUGGCAACCAUGUCAGCAAAAUCCUCCCUGUUCAAAGUCAUCCUAUUAGGAGAUGGCGGAGUUGGGAAGAGCUCCCUCAUGAAUAGAUACGUGACCAAUAAAUUCGACACCCACCUGUUCCACACCAUCGGCGUGGAGUUCUUAAACAAGGACUUGGAAGUAGACGGACACUUUGUCACCAUGCAGAUCUGGGACACUGCCGGCCAGGAAAGGUUCAGGAGCCUGAGGACUCCUUUCUACCGCGGCUCUGACUGCUGCCUCCUCACAUUCAGCGUGGAUGACAGCCAGAGCUUUCAAAACAUCGGCAACUGGAAAAAGGAGUUCAUGUACUACGCCGAUGUCAAAGAACCAGAGAGCUUCCCCUUCGUGGUCCUGGGAAAUAAGGUGGAUGUUGCAGAGAGGCAGGUGACUUCAGAGGAGGCCCAGACCUGGUGCAGAGAAAACGGCAACCACCCCUAUUUCGAAACCAGUGCCAAGGAUUCCACCAAUGUCGCAGUAGCCUUUGAAGAGGCGGUCCGUAGAGUUUUGGCCACAGAGGACCGGACGGACCACCUGAUCCCUACAGACACUGUAAACCUCCAUAGGAAGCCCAAGUCAAGCUCUUCCUGCUGUUGACUAUUUUAUUUGUCACUUUGGUGUGCCGUAGAAGUUCAAAUGCAUAGACUGCUAUUAAAAAAUAAAAAAUAAAUAAAGGGGUACAAAAACCCUCAUACAUUGUCCUCUAGCUUAAAACUCCCCUUCUCACAAACACUCAUCUUAUCAAAAGCCAUUUCAUAAUGCUGAAUAUUGGCACCCUUAUGUAUCCGCCUGCAGGUAUGAUUUUUGAAUGAAGCAGGUUAAAUAGUCUUUUGAUGGCAUAACUUUUUUGUUUUUUUUCAAUUGGGUAAAAGUAAAAAACAUAUUAAGUGCCAACUACAAAAAAAUGUUAAGACUACAAUUAUCUUACGUAAUUGUUCUGUUGCCACUUUAAGUUUUAAAUCUAAAGAUCUAGAAGUAACUGUCAAUGGAGAGGACUUAAAUACUAAAAGCACUACUAAUAUUAAUUCAGAAAUGAAAAAAGAGGUGGUGGUUUACAAAUCUGACAAUGGCAAUAAGCUUGUUUUAGCUUGUAAAACUAUUCACUUGAAUCUUGCCUCUGUAUUAAUCUGAGAUAGUAAUAACCAGCCUUUAACUGAUUGUAUAAAGCUCUAGUAGACUUUAAAACCAGAUUAAACUUGUGGUGACUGAAGUGUCUGUCCAUAAGCUCUAAUUAUAUUUUCAUGAAUCAAAGGUAAAUGUUUACAUCUUGCCUGCUUUGUACUGAAGGCACUGCAGUGCAGCUAUGGAUUGCCUACAUGGUUUUCUGUUGUACAAACCCAGUUACUGGUUCCUAUUCCUAGUCAUUAAAUACACUAAUCCAAGGACAGUGCUUGUGCAGUGAGACUUGAACCGUGGCUUAAAUGGGCGAUUAGCAAAGACUACGUGUUCAUUUUCUUUUAACUUGCAUGGCUGACAUUGCUGUAAAAACACACCUGUUAAGUUAAACCUAAUAAAAAACACAAAAUCCCCACCACCACCACCACAACCACACACGGAUAAUUCAAGAAAAGCUCAACUAUCCUCAACAAAACUAACUGGUUCCUCCCCCUUUUUCCUGUUUUACAGACCUGACACCAAGUGAUUUUUUGGCUAGUUUCCACACUUUUCUUCUUCCCCCUGGCCAUGAGUUAGCUCAAACGUGGUUUACAAGCAGCAAUCAUGGGAACUUAAUGCAAAUCACGAUGCAGUGUCCAGUGUAUGUGUUGACCACCAUCUGCUGCUAAAACAUUUGCAAUUGUGAGCAUACAGUGGUUUAAAAUAUGACAGGAAUUGUCUACUUUAAAAGUUUUACCUGAGAGUUUAUGAUUCAGCAUCUGGAGAGUUGCGUGGAUUGCAUGUAGUGUUAAAAGGAUUAACUGCACAUAUUUACCCCAGCCCCUCCCUUCUAUCUCAUAGAAUCUAUUGAUAGAUGGCAGGCAAUGAAGCAUUGCUUUGUUCUCAGGAUUUUAACAUAGCGCCUUGAUGUCUCGCUAUAUAAAUGCUUUCUUUUCUGCCCCACAGUGGAAGUGUAUCACUGAUUAACAUUUGCCCAUCUCUUGUGUUAACAAGACCAACUAAUAUAUUCUAAAACAAACU